AUGCACUGUGGACAAAUCAUAUGUGAUAUUGGGAAAACACUUGAAGAAUAUGCAAAUGUUUACAUUCAUAAGCCAACACUUGGUUUAUAUGUUGAUGGCGUUAUGAAGUUCAUUGACACUCAAAACAAAUUGUUUUUGCAAUAUAACACUAGAGUAACCAAGUGCAUUGGUUUUAAUGGGCCCAAGAAUUAUUUUGCCUUUGCAAACUUCCAAGAUCUUAUUGAUAAGGUUAUCCCUUCAACUAUUUCUUUUGAAACAAACCUCAAAAAAGCAGAGGGAAAUGCCGACUGCCACCACCGUAGACGACCCACUGCCGCCCUACAACUCCCAUCUGCACCCACCGAAGCCCACCGUAGCUUUGUUGCUUCUUCCUUCGGUCUAGCCAAACCCCAGAGGUCCUCUCUUUUCCCCUCGUUUUCUUCCUUCUUUGCUGUUCCCAACGACCACAUCGUCGCUCAUCGUCGAAGGAAACCCACCGCUCCUCGAUCACCGUCGAUCACCGUCGAUCACCGGCGUCGGUCGUCGCUGCUACGGUGCCUCCGUCGCUGCUACUGCUGCUACCGAUUUGGUGAUGUCAUCUUCAACGGCGGGAGUGGGGUUCUUCAGUAUCUUCUUCAUCGUCGCCGGGAAAUUAGGUCAGUAGCCGAUUGGAUGGUCGACGUGAAGGAGUCUUCAACCGGUGAUAACGAUUGA